AUGUCUACGAUGUCCGUCACGCGCACUCCGAUCGCCGCGCGCGCGUCCGCGUUCGCAUCCGCUGGACGAUCCGCCGUCCGCCGCGCCGUCGCGCCGGCGCGCGGGGUCGCCACCCCGCGCGGCCGCCGCGGCUGCGUGAUCGUCCGCGCGGACGUCUGGUCGGAGAUGAGUGGAUACAUGAAGUCGCAGUGCGAGGAAGCCGCCGCGCUCGAGGCGAAGGACGUCGAGGCGGGCAGGGCGAAGUGGAUCGAGAUCGACCGACAGGUCCCCGGCGCGCGGCUCGCGUAUCAGGAGCACAAGGGCGACGGGAAGAACGCGGACGCGCUCGAGAAGUUCUGCGACGACGACCCGAACGCGGAGGAGUGCAAGGUGUUCGACGAGUAA